GCAUUCUCCGCUUCUUACCGCAAGCACAACCCCCAGCCAUGGCCGACGACCUGGAGACGGGCUAUGACGACCCAGAGACGCCUCUGCAUAAGAAAAAGCAGGCGUCAUUCCUCUCCAAGAUUCUUCAUGCCCACUUCGAGAAAAAGGUGCCAAAGAGCACGAUACCACUGACCACCAAGAACCUCGAGCAAUACUCUGGUUUGAAUCCCGACUGGUCCGAGAACCACGAUGCCUUCAACCCAGUUCGCCCGCGAGGACGCGUAUCGGUACCUGAAUGGCUUCAACUGCUACCAUGAGUCAGAAGCCAUUGAGGGUGCUCUCCCCUUAGGAGCAAACAGUCCACAGAAGCCUCCAUACGGCCUGUACGCAGAAAAGCUUUCAGGCACUGCCUUCACAGCUCCCCGACACGAGAACCAGCAGACUUGGCUCUACCGCAUCCUCCCCUCAUGCGGGCACAGCAACUUCGAGCCUCGCGAGUCUUCGACGUACAACACAAACCCGGAGAAUAAACCCUAUGAGAAGAUCCACCAUAUUCCCAAUCAACUAAGAUGGGAUCCCUUCGACCUCGACGAAACGGUGGAUUGGGUACACUCGCUCCACCUCGUUGCUGGUGCUGGGAAUCCCACAAUGAAGUCUGGACUUGGCAUCUACAUCUUCGCCGCAGGGAAAGACAUGGAUGCGCAUGAAGCGUUCUAUUCCGCAGACGGCGACUUCCUCAUUGUGCUCCAGCAUGGUGUUCUCGAUAUUCAAACCGAGUUUGGCCACAUCCUCGUCCGUCCCAACGAGAUCUGCGUCAUCCCUCGUGGCAUCAAAUACCGUGUUACACUCCCCGAUGGGCCAGUCCGUGGCUACAUACUCGAACUCUACCAGGGCCACUUCCAACUCCCGGAGCUGGGGCCCAUUGGCUCCAAUGGCCUGGCCAACGCUCGCGACUUCCAGGCUCCUGUCGCCUCGUUCGAAGAAGACACCUCCUCUGAGUGGCACAUACUCUGUAAAUUUGCAGGACACCUUUUUUCCGCACGCCAACAGCACACACCCUUUGAUGUCGUUGCCUGGCAUGGAAACUACUACCCCUAUAAGUACGACCUGGGCCGCUUCAACACCAUCGGAAGCAUCUCCUACGACCAUCCCGACCCGUCCAUCUUUACAGUCCUUACGGCGCAAUCGGAUCACCCUGGAACUGCAGUAGCCGACUUCGUCAUCUUCCCUCCUCGGUGGCUCGUCGCGGAAGACACCUUUCGACCUCCGUGGUACCAUAGAAACACCAUGUCCGAAUUCAUGGGCCUCAUCCACGGUCAGUACGAUGCCAAAACUGGAGGAGGCUUCCAGCCUGCAGGUGCCUCGUUGCACAACGUCAUGUCCGGACAUGGACCGGAUGCUACGACCCAUGAGAAAGCUUCCAAUGCUGAGUUGAAGCCAGCAAAGGUUGGCGAGGGUAGCAUGGCGUUCAUGUUUGAGAGUUGUUUGAUGGUUGGUGUGACGGAUUGGGGCCUGAAGAAGUGUAAGAAGGUGCAGGAAGGGUACAAUAAGGAGAGUUGGGAAGUGUUGAAGCCGAGGUUUCAGAGGCCGGAAAAGAAGUAGACGUGUUGGUUGAAGGUAGGAUUAGGAUGUAAUGGUAUUGAUGGAACAGCUCAGUCGCUCCCGGGAUGUUGUAUGCCACUGUGCAAAAGCAAGGCAAUGGAUUCUUUUGAGCACCUGCAGGUGCCCUUCAUUUAGCUAACGUAAGAGAAUUUAAUAGUCCCAUCCUAGUUCAGACUGUUGUAUCAACCUCUAUUAUAUGUU